AAAGAAAGAAAGAAAAAAGCAAAACGUUUUGGCGCAUUCAAUUAUGUGGGGAGUAUGGCGUCCACGCUUUCCCACCAAAAGCCUAUACAACAACCAUUACCAAGAUUACAUGCAUCUAUCUCAUCCAAAACAAUGGCUCUCCAGACGCCACUCAGGCUACCAAUCACCAGAUCAACACCUUCACCUUCUCCUCUAUCUCCGGCAGGCGGCAGCAAUGUCGGCCUCCUCCGGCCAUCCAACCAGCUAGCACUGAAAUCAUCAUUCUAUCUCUCACCCUCCCUUCAAUUACUGCUUCCCCGCCAUCAGCCCUCAGCCGCACCCAAAUUCGCCAUGCGAGCUGCCUCCAAACAAGCUUACAUUUGCCGCGACUGCGGGUACAUCUAUAGCGAUAAAACCCCCUUUGAGAAGCUCCCUGAUAAAUACUUCUGCCCAGUUUGUGGUGCCCCGAAACGACGAUUCAGGGAAUACACACCUCCGGUGACCAAAAAUGCGAAUUCAACAGAUGUUAGAAAGGCAAGGAAAGCUGAACUCAAGAGAGAUGAAGCCGUCGGGAAAGCAUUACCAAUUGCAAUUGCUGUCGGAGUCGUUGCGCUUGUUGGCUUUUUUGUAGAUUCUGAUUUCCUCCAAGAACUCUGCUUCAUGUCAUUUAUAUUUGUACAAUCUGGUUUUAUCCAUCCAGAAAAUUCAUAUAUUAAAACUGUACCAUUUAUAAAGAAAGUCUAG